CCGCCCCCGGCCCCCGGUGCCCGUUCCCGCCCCGCGGCCCUCUCUGCCCGCCAGCCCCGGCUCGGCUCCGGUCCCCCGCGCAGCCCGCCGCCGCCGCCGCCGCCGCCGCGGGCAGACCCAGCGCUCCGGCCCGACCCGGCUCGGCUCCGCUCGGGUGCACGCCGCGACCAUGCAGCGCCGGGGCGCCCUGUUCGGCAUGCCGGGCGGCAGCGGCAGCAGGAAGAUGGCUGCAGGAGACAUUGGCGAGCUGCUGGUGCCUCACAUGCCCACGAUCCGCGUGCCCAGGUCGGGGGACAGGGUGUACAAGAACGAGUGCGCCUUCUCGUACGACUCCCCCAAUUCUGAAGGUGGACUCUAUGUAUGCAUGAAUACAUUUUUGGCCUUUGGAAGGGAACAUGUUGAAAGACAUUUUCGAAAAACUGGACAGAGUGUAUACAUGCACCUGAAAAGACACGUGCGAGAGAAGGUAAGAGGGGCAUCUGGUGGAGCUUUACCAAAACGGAGGAAUUCCAAGAUUUUUUUAGAUCUAGAUACUGAUGACGAUUUAAAUAGCGACGAUUAUGAAUAUGAAGACGAAGCCAAACUUGUUAUAUUCCCAGACCACUAUGAAAUAGCACUACCAAAUAUUGAGGAGUUACCAGCCCUGGUAACAAUUGCUUGUGAUGCAGUUCUCAGCUCAAAAUCUCCAUAUAGAAAGCAGGACCCAGACACAUGGGAAAAUGAAUUGCCAGUAUCCAAAUAUGCCAAUAACCUUACCCAGUUGGACAAUGGAGUCAGGAUUCCUCCAAGUGGUUGGAAGUGUGCCAGGUGUGACCUGCGGGAGAACCUCUGGUUGAAUCUGACUGAUGGCUCCGUGCUGUGUGGGAAGUGGUUCUUUGACAGCUCUGGAGGCAACGGCCACGCGCUGGAGCAUUACAGAGACAUGGGCUACCCUCUAGCCGUGAAACUGGGAACCAUCACUCCUGACGGGGCAGAUGUUUAUUCUUUUCAAGAAGAGGAACCUGUUUUGGAUCCUCAUUUGGCCAAGCACUUAGCGCAUUUUGGAAUUGAUAUGCUUCAUAUGCAUGGGACAGAGAAUGGGCUUCGGGACAAUGACAUCAAGCCGCGGGUCAGUGAAUGGGAAGUGAUCCAGGAGACGGGGACGAAGCUGAAGCCCAUGUAUGGCCCCGGGUACACGGGUCUCAAGAAUCUGGGCAACAGCUGCUACCUGAGUUCUGUCAUGCAGGCCAUCUUCAGCAUCCCAGAGUUCCAGAGAGCGUAUGUAGGAAAUCUCCCAAGAAUAUUUGACUACUCUCCUUUAGAUCCAACACAGGACUUCAACACACAGAUGACUAAGUUAGGACAUGGCCUUCUCUCGGGCCAGUAUUCAAAACCUCCAGUGAAAUCUGAACUCAUUGAACAGGUGAUGAAGGAGGAACACAAGCCUCAACAGAAUGGGAUCUCUCCACGCAUGUUUAAGGCCUUUGUAAGCAAGAGCCACCCAGAAUUCUCCUCUAAUAGACAGCAGGAUGCCCAGGAGUUUUUCUUGCACCUGGUGAAUCUAGUAGAGAGAAACCGCAUUGGCUCAGAAAACCCAAGUGAUGUUUUUCGGUUUUUGGUGGAAGAACGUAUUCAGUGCUGUCAGACGCGCAAAGUCCGCUACACGGAGAGGGUGGAUUACCUGAUGCAGUUACCUGUGGCCAUGGAGGCAGCAACCAACAAGGAUGAACUGAUUGCCUAUGAGUUAACGAGGAGGGAGGCAGAAGCAAACAGACGACCCCUUCCCGAGUUGGUUCGCGCCAAGAUACCAUUUAGUGCCUGCCUUCAGGCUUUUUCUGAACCGGAAAACGUAGAUGAUUUCUGGAGCAGCGCCCUACAAGCAAAGUCUGCGGGUGUGAAAACAUCUCGCUUUGCCUCAUUCCCUGAAUACUUGGUAGUGCAGAUAAAGAAGUUCACUUUUGGUCUUGACUGGGUUCCCAAAAAAUUUGAUGUUUCUAUUGAUAUGCCAGACCUACUUGAUAUCAACCAUCUCCGAGCCAGGGGGUUACAGCCAGGAGAGGAGGAGCUUCCGGACAUCAGCCCCCCUAUAGUCAUUCCUGAUGACUCAAAAGAUCGCCUGAUGAACCAACUCAUAGACCCCUCAGACAUUGAUGAGUCAUCAGUGAUGCAGCUGGCUGAGAUGGGUUUCCCUCUAGAAGCAUGUCGGAAGGCUGUAUACUUUACUGGAAAUAUGGGAGCUGAAGUGGCCUUCAACUGGAUCAUUGUUCACAUGGAAGAGCCAGAUUUUGCUGAACCACUGACCAUGCCUGGUUAUGGAGGAGCAGCUUCUGCUGGAGCCUCUGUUUUUGGUGCUACUGGAUUGGAUAACCAACCUCCGGAGGAAAUUGUGGCUAUCAUUACCUCCAUGGGAUUCCAUCGAAAUCAGGCUGUUCAGGCGCUACGAGCCACGAAUAAUAACCUGGAAAGAGCACUGGAUUGGAUCUUUAGUCACCCUGAGUUUGAGGAGGACAGUGACUUUGUGAUCGAGAUGGAGAAUAACGCCAAUGCCAACAUUAUUUCUGAGGCGAAGCCUGAAGGACCUAGAGUCAAGGAUGGAUCUGGAAUGUAUGAAUUAUUUGCGUUCAUCAGUCACAUGGGAACAUCUACAAUGAGUGGCCAUUAUGUUUGCCACAUUAAAAAGGAAGGAAGGUGGGUGAUCUACAAUGACCACAGAGUGUGUGCCUCAGAAAGGCCCCCCAAGGACCUGGGCUACAUGUACUUUUACCACAGGGUGCCACGCUGAGCCUCAGACACGCCAGUCGGCGAGAGGAAGCCACACGCCUUUUUAAUUUGCCAAAAAAAAAAAAAAAAAGCAGAAGUUGGGACAGCCAGACAUGAAGGAAUACAUGGGGUAUUUAUAGUUUAUUUAAAGAACAUCAUUUGACGCCUUCUGAAAUAGAACUGGGAAGAAAUUUCUAUUAGUGAUGAUACACUACUGUAGAUAGUUUUUCUUUUUAUAAAUGUUCAAGGAGAGGAUGAUUUAAAAAAAAAGUAUUUAUAUUGCUGAUGGGGGAUCUGCCACUGUCACACCAAAAAAUGGGAAUGUGCCACCAGCCCUCUAUUAUGCUUUGGUAUGGUGUGGCCUCACCCCCUCCCCCCAAUAAACGAAAAGCCUGUUUUUGUUUCAUAUCGAAAAUCAGUAAUGGGAUGGGCUUUAUUUGUGACACAAUUUUUUCAUUACACACAGUUUCUGACCUAGCCAUGUAUAGAAGAUUAGAGCAUCUGCAAUGAAAGGUAUUUUUAAUUUAAUCGUAUCGAAAUUCAUGAUGUGAUUGUGUGAAUGCGUGAGGGUGAGACUGUUAUCGUCAACCAGGAAAUCUGUGCCGGGCUGGUUUUUAAAGGUUAAAGCAGUUGGUAUUAAGCAUAGCUGGGAAAAGCGAGUAACUAUUUUAAAGAAACUAUAACUCAGGAACAGUUUUAAAAAUUGGCUCCCCACUUAGAUUUUCAGGCAUAAAAAGGGCUGAGUUGUCCCUUUAAGUGCUGUCAAGAAUUCACUGGGGUUUGGGACAUUUGGUGGAAUAAAGCUGAUGCCCACGGCAGCACAAUAUUGUUCUUUGCCAAAGGUAGAUGAAUUCUGUUUCUCAGCAGCCCUUCCCACUAAGGCAUAGCAUGUAUUUUUAGUUAAAAUAGCUAAUCUUACCAUAAUAUGUAUCAACUCCUUGGAAUCACACAAAGUGCCCCAAAUUUGUCUGUAAUUUUCUUGUCCCCACGCUCUUUGCCUGCCUCUGUUUCUACAUUUUCCUGGGGCUAGAGUCUCCUCUCAGCUCUCUCUUGGCUAAUCACCUCCUGACUUCCCUUCGCUGCUUAUUUGCUGCGAC